AUGCAUCAUCACCUUCUCACUCUCGGCGCUGCUGCUGGCCUCCUCGCGACGGCCUCAGCUACCUACUCGAAGCUUCCCAGUGUCAAUGUGCCCUCAUGUCCUCGCGUCGGCACAAUUAGCUACAGCAAGUCAGUGCCCGACCUGACGCCCUUCCCGCUCACGCAGGUCAACCUGUGCUACACGGACAAGAGCCUCGAGCUCUCAUUCAUUGCCUACGACGAAGUCAAUUACUUCUUCAACGCCUCGCAGGGCACAAACGACGACAUCUGGGAGUACGAAGUCAUGGAGGCCUUCCUUUACAAGGGCACCGAAGACCCUCAGACAUACGUCGAGCUCGAGGUCAACCCCAACAACGUCACAUACCAGGCGUUUGUUUACAAUCCCUCAAAGAAUCGCGCGGUCGGCGCACCUUUCGACCACUUUUUCGUUUCGGAUCCCGCUACGGACGGCUUCAGCGCGAAGACGGUCCUCAACAAGCCCGCAAAGACUUGGAAGAGCACUGUCACCGUUCCUCUGGGCAUCUUCAACGUCGACGUCGGCAAGGCCAAGGGCACAUCUUGGAGGAUGAACUUCUUCCGAACUGUCGUUAGCCCCGAGAUUUACCCUAACCAGACUCUUGGUGGAUGGUCGCCGCCAGACCAGGCAAGCUUCCAUAUUACAAAGUUCUUUGGUCAUGUCAAAUUUAUUUGA